ACAAAAGGGGAUCGCUUGCCGCGUGCGCUCUCGCGCCGUGUUUUGCGGUACCGAACACUUACGUUACAUUUCUUGUGUUUUGUUAACCAAUUACUACUACUAAUUUGGUGGAAAUGGAGGCGUUUAACCAGCUUCUGCUGGAAUAUCCUGAAUUCAUGUACAGCGGAGUAGGAGCCACCGCGUCUGUCGCUGUUGGAGCGCUGAUAUACAAAUUUGCCACCAGAAAGAAGCCGACCCAUGCAGAUGUGAACUGCUGGUUCUGUAACCAGAACUCUGUGGUGCCCUUUGGGAACAGGAACUGCUGGGACUGUCCAAACUGUGACCAAUACAAUGGCUUCCAGGAUAAUGGGGAUUACAACAAACCCAUACCAGCGCAGUACAUGGAGCAUCUCAACCACGGAGUAUCUGGUAGCAUUCCCUCUACAACCAAGACGCAGCAGGCGGUCAGCAGUCAGAUGCUCUUGUGCAGGAAGUGCAAUAAGAACCAGACAUUUGUCAUCAAACAGUUGGCCUCUUUUAUCCCAAGGGAUGAUGAAAACUACGAUGAGGAAAUUGAAGCCUAUAAGCACCACCUGGAGCAGACCUAUAAGUUAUGUAGGCCGUGCCAGACGGCAGUGGAGUACUACAUCAAAUUUCAAAACCGUCAACUUAGAACAGUGCUUUUAAACCAUCCCCUUCGACGCAGCGGAGAAUCAGAAAAGGGCUUCAUAAAGAGCUCCUAUCCUGCGUCUUCUCCCACGGGGGUCAUACUGUUACGGGCCCUCACCUUCCUGAUAUGUGCUUUUCUAGUUGCUACAUCUUUGUGUGCCUUGUCAUACCAGCUGGCUUCGCCUAGUGACCCACAGACAUUAAGUGGUGGCGUCAUUCCUCCAAAGCCUAAGCCCAACAAUGAAUCUGCCCCCACCAACGAAAGCACUGAAGGAGUGCCUGUGUGGCAGGGUUGGCUGGAGAUGCUCCCAGACGAGGCCGUAGAAAAUGCCAAGCUGUUAUGGCAGAAUGGAAAGGACAACCAGCUGGCUGUAGUCUGCGUUGGCCUGUUGACUUGUCUCACUGCUAUCUUCUUAGCAGGGUCUGUGAGGUUGAGGAGAAUUGAUGCGGUGGCCUCUGUCCUGUGGUUCCUCACCCUAUGCCUCUACAUGGCUGAGCUAUACUUGACUGAUACCUCGGGCUGGAUGGACCCAGCCAAGCUCAGUACCGUCUCCCUCUGUUGCCUAGUCAGCUUUGCCGCUGCUGUGGCAACUCGCAAACCAAUGGGUCCGAGAAGAGCCAGAUAUCGAAGAUACCUUGCAGGCAGCGCUGCAGUUCCCUCCUUCGGCAGCCAGCCUCCUUUGCUCUCUCCGGACCUGGUAGACUCCUUUGUCCCCACCAUGCCACCCAACUUCUCCAAGCUCAUCAACCGCCAACAGAGUCCUCGUGAGCGCAAGGCUUCCCCCUCCUCUCUGCCCGGGCGCCUCAGCAGAGCCCUCUGCCUUGGCACCAUCCCUACCCUCACCAGGACGGAUUCUGGUUACUUGUUCAGCGGAAGCAGACCAGCCUCACAAUACAAAGACUCUCCUCCUUCAGACUACUUUUCACUGAUUUCUGGGAGCCGUCCAUCAUCCCCGGGCCCCUCUCCAACUCCUUCAGUAGCUGGGUCAGUUACAUCCAGUUCAGGUUCUGCCAGACUACGGCGCCCCCUCAUCAGCCCUGCUCGCCUCAACAUCAGCGGCCGAAAACUCCGGCUUUUCUCAAGGGAGCAAGAACCCACGCUCAUGUCCCAGUCUGUGUCUUCGUCACAUUUCCACAUAAAUUCGGCCUCUUCCAUUUACAGUGGCUGCUUUUCACCGGACAUAUCUCCUUUCCAAAGCCAAAAUGAUUUGAGUUCUUUGUUAAGGGACGGCAGUGUGAUUGAAGAGGAAGAGAAGCAAGGCAGUUCCUCCGAGUCUUCCGCAUGCAUGGUUGGCACUACUACACAGGGACCUGAAAACACCCCUCCUCCAAAAGGUUUCAUUAAGCGUCUCAUCUGGCCUGGGCUUGUGUUCGUCAGCCUGACUUCCAACCUGGUCUUCGCCGGCUUCUACAUGUACAACAACUGGAGAUGAACUGUCAAUGGGUCUGCUGCUGUUCUCUCGUGACCUGCACAAAGUGAGUCGGCCUUUGACAACCCUGUUGCGUCUGUGAACCUGGAGGUCAUUUAGCGAUGCCAGAAAACACUAGAUCUCUGGCAGCUGCCUACUUGUUUGCUGGUGCUUAUGGAAAAUGCAGAUGUCAACUGACAGAUUUUCAAAAGGGUAACUCCCAUUAGAUUGGAGUUACGGGAAAACUGUGGCGUAAUCAGAUAUUACGCCUUUUAAUUUAUGACUGACUGCUUAUAAUAAUUGUAUUUUUAAGAUCUGACCUUGUUUUCUUUUGGUUUGUCACUGCUCCUCUCACAUGAACGCAGGUGCAAGUCUUAUUUAUUGAAAAGGCUCAAUUCUUGCACUGAUGCUGUGAACUGUGUAGUAAACAUGUACUGUUGAUUAGCUGCACAGCGGGUCAUGUCUCAUCUACCUGUACUGAUUUGUAAUGACUGCAUUACCUCUCCCAACUGAAUAACAUUUCUGGUUCUCUACAAUAGUCAAAAUUUGACCAUUAAGCAGCAUGCUACGUUUGUGGCGUAUAAAUAAAGUUUUACAUUUUAAACUUUGUACACAUUUUGACUUUGUAAUGUCAUAAUUUCACAGCAAUGGUGUUUGUUAUUGUCUUUCUGUGGAUAUUCAGCUGGGAAAGAGCGGUGUGUCAAACUCUAUCCCAUCAUGUUGUUUUGUUUUACGGUUUAGUCUUUUUGAUAUUAUGGUCAUUUUAUAUCUCAUACUUUAGUGUCACAAUCAUUCACUACAGAAAUUAUAUUUCACCAAACGUUUUCUGUUUGUUAUUUCUUCUAGAUGUCCUGUUCAGAGGUUAGUUUGUAAAGGGCGAAAUCUAUGGUCAAGUGCAAUAUCUAUAUAUUAAAAAAUAUAUAUAUAUGCCCACUACCUUUUUAAAAAAAGAAAUCACAUUUACAAGAUGUUUGCAUAAAAGUGGCACAAAACAUUCGGAUAGAAGUUUUGCUCCUCACUGAGCUGUGAACUAAUUUAUGCAGAACGUUUCUUAUAACCCAGUCAAACAUCUACACAGUAAAUUGGAUCGCACUUGUUUUUUUCUGAACUGUAUGUCCACAUUUUGUGUUUGGUUGUGUUGCAUUUUGAAUAUGUGGUUUGAAAUUGUUCUAUUAGAGCUGAAGAGCACAGAUGUUUGAGUGUGUAUUUGAACAUGACUUGCAAAACGUUGUACAUUUUGGACAUGUUAAAGAUGUGUAUUAACAGGUUAGUUGCCGUGUUUUUCUUCUCGUAAAAAGAAAAGACAAACGAGUUAGGCUUUUGGGUGUUUUUUUUCACAUGAAAAUAAUUGUAUUGUUGAACCAUGCACUUGAUUUUGAGAGGAAUUAAUUUCUUCUUUGAGGAAUUAUUGAGUUAUGUGUUUUUAUUUCUCAGACACUUAAUGCAAAUUUGGAUUUGUGGUACUUUUUUAAAGUGUUUGUUUGAAGUCGUUUUGAGCCGAGGGAUUCAUUAUUGAACUCAUGUAAAAUUAAGUUUCUGAGAACUUAAACGUGCUACUGAAAGACCUCUAAAUAACUGGGAAUUGUCUAAUGAUAUGUUUAUCAUUAGACAAACAACCGUUUAUACUGAAGAAUAGGUUUUGAAAGGUAUUGUAACCUUUAACAUGCUGUGUACAGACGUGUGUGUUUGUACUUGAUGUGUAACCUGGCGUAUGUGUUCAUUCCUCUCUGAAGAAGGCUCAUGUAAAUAUUCUUUCAACCAACUUGAAUUUUCCUGAAGACAUUUUUCAGUUAAAGACAAAAUUUAUUUAUUUUUAAAUUUUUAUUUAAAGUGUUAUGAAAGUACUUUGUGCUUUUCUCUCAAUUAUGUCAAAUCAAAGAUUGUCCAUUUCAGACUCUUUGACGAUGCGUAUACAUUUGUGUUCUCUCUCUAAUGGUUUGAAAGGUUGUUAUUCCACUGUGUUCAGCAAUGCAAAUGUUUGUCUGCAGCAGCUGUGAGAUCUGUGUGAAUGUCAGGAACAACAUUGGCUUGUUUCAUCUGGACCCAUACUUUUAAAAUAAAGUAUCUUUUUAUCCAGGUA